AUGCGGGUAGCAUCACCCCAAACAAUUGGUAUUAUCGUGACCGCUAAGCGAUUGAUUAGAAUGGCCAACUAUGCUACUCACCUGCUCGGACAGACUGUGUUCUACACACUGGCGACGCUAGGACUCAUUCGUUGUAUCAUCAACGGCCUCAUUCAUGGUGGAAAGCCUCUGAACAGACAGCAAAAGGACCACCUAGCUACAGCACGACAAAGCUUCUGGGACCUCUCCAAGCAGCCAAUACCUGGGUUUGACCAUGCAUUCAUGAAGCUACGAAAUGGACGAAAGCUGCAUUAUAUUCAUAACCAGCAUGCGGUCGCCGAACCCAAGAGCCUGAUCAUCUUUUUUCAUGGAUUUCCCGACAGCUGUGUGAUGUGGAGGCACAUUGUCUCACACAAAACAAUGCCCAAAAACAGCAUUAUGAUCUGCGUGGAUCUGCCAGGCUAUGGGGGCAGUGAUAGCUUCGACACGUACGAUACAAGCGUUCUCGAAACCCUUUGUGAAUUUUGCAUUAGCAUCCAGGGAAUUUUCCACGCCAAAAGGCUGAAAACCCUUCUUGUUGCUCACGACUGGGGAUGCAAUCUGGCGAUCCGUCUUGCUACGGAGGCCCCUAGUGUUGCUGAUCACUUUGUGCUAAUGAACGGACUUUUUACCGAUUUGGCCAUUGAAAACUUUACUCGGCAUGUUGAAAUGCUCCGCGGGCAUCUAUCCCAGCUUAGGCUCUGGAGAUCGUUUCAAGUAUCUGGAUUGCUGGUGUGCCAGAUAUGGCAAUUGGCAUAUAUCUUCACUUUUGAUCUGUCAGAGAAGAUUGUAGGCCAUUUUAUCGGUGCUUGGAACGAAAUGGCCGUUCUUCGAGGGCUUGUUCGAAUGGCAAACAACCGAAACUUCGAUUUUGACUUUGUUCAAGCAAUGGCUGCUUCCCUGGGUCCAACUGAGUGUGAUGCCGAGACGAAGACGACGGUCCAUUCCGAAAGUUAUGGCAGCACGGUCAAACAGCGCGCAAGGUCACCUGCAGCUCUUCUCUGGCAGAUGACAGGACUUUAUCGCAAUGGCGUUCUACGCGGCACUUGGUUGAAAUCAAAAGAGAUCCUGGAGUCGAUGCGAGAAAUCAGGAACCAACCACACACAGCUAGCCCACCUGGUGCCGAAACCAAUCAGUCAAGACUACAGGUUCCAGCAACUGUAAUCUGGGGUAUCAGGGACCACGUUCUGAUGCCGGAAAUCUGCCUUGAUAACGUCCAUAGAUACUUGGCGCCGGGAAGUGAAGUGAUCAGCCUACCUAGGACCGGGCAUUGGGUUCCUGUCGAGACAGAGAGUAUACGUGUGAUUCUUCAAGUCCUACGGUACCAUACAGAUUCUCAUCGUCAGGAAGAUCGUUUGUCUCAGGAUGCACUCAAUGGGCGGUACAAGGACGCGAGACUUGUUAUAAGGACAUAG